AUGGCUUCAUUAACCCCUUACAUAUCGGCAAAGCUCUGCCAAACCUGCAAUACAGCACUGUAUUCCCAAUCCAGGUCCAGCACCAUUAUUGAAUCCGAUAUCGAUACUAGUCAUCAUAGUGACUUGCCAUCACUGCGUAAAGCAGCAGAGAAAGGCUGCUCCAUCUGCUCCAUCGUGGCCGACAAUCUGAAGCUAGACCGAUCUAGAUACGACACGACUCCAGGAAGUUCCGAAGUCGAUGGGGAUAUGGACUCAAACUGUUCCAUAUUGUGCCGCCUGUACAAAGAAAUCACACAUGAUCUCGACGUGUCGGUGACAAAAUUCGACGUUGAGAUUUGGAGCGCGAAGUUUACGUCAAAGACAAGGUUCCGCAUGCUUCCAAACUCAGACGGUCCCUUACGCCCACUGUUACCGCAAGCUGGGAAAUCAGACUCGACAGUUUCGGCCUUCGCCCUUGGACAGGCUCGUGAUUGGCUCGUACACUGUCGCCUUUGCCAUCCGCGAUGUCUAUCGAUAAGAUCCGAAAAGUCGGGCAUGGCCUGGCUUCCCACUCGUCUUUUAGACGUUGGAGUGGAAGGCGACCCGAGAAUCAAGCUCGUCUUGACACAGCAGGAUCAAGUGGAUCUGUCUGCAGCUUAUAUUACACUCAGCUAUCGAUGGGGGUCCCAACCUCAGGGCUUGCUACUGCAGGGUUCGAAUGUCGAUUCGUUUCGCCGCGGUCUAUUGGUCCAUGACCUUCCCCGUACCUUUCAAGAUCUGGUCAUAGUCGCUCGAUUCCUGUCGGUUCGUUAUGUAUGGAUCGACGCCCUUUGUAUCAUCCAAGACUCCCUGUCGGACUGGGAAAGAGAAGGCGCCACGAUGCGCGACGUGUAUGCUAAUUCGACAUGCACAAUUGCAGCUGCAGCCUCCGAAGAUCCACACGGAGGGCUGUUUCGCUCCAGAGACCCCACCAAGAUCGUCCCGGCGCUCAUAGGCACACCGAACAUGGGAUCCUCCCCUGAGAGCGCCAGUAGCUUUCUCUAUGACAGGGCUUACUUAGACCGGCGCAUCGUAAGCGGGCCCCUGCAAAAGAGAGGAUGGGUCUUCCAAGAACGCAUGCUUUCACCACGGGUGCUUCACUUCGCGGAUGAUCAAAUUGUGUGGGAGUGUCUAACCGACACCAAGUGUGAAGCAUUCCCUUCUGGCCUGCCGUUUCACCAUUCAACGAAAGGUCUCGGACCUCUUUGGAGUGCUUUAGAAAGUAGGACUAUGCCGACAACUGACACCGUUCUGGACAACGCCAGACUCACAACAAAUGGGUUAUCCAACCACCAACUUGCUAGCACCGACACCGCAUGCUACUCCACUGAUAUGGCUAUUUUAUCUGAAUGGCGAGAUCUAGUCAAACAGUAUUCCCGAUGCGCUUUGACUAAGAACACCGACAAACUACCAGCAUUUGCCGGUGUUGCAAAGUUAUUCCAGGACAUUACAGGCGAUGCGUACUAUGCUGGGCUGUGGGAGUCUUCUUUCCUGGACCAGUUGGACUGGCGGGUAUAUAAACCUUCAAAAAGAGUGUCUUCUGAGUACAGGGCGCCGUCUUGGUCAUGGGCCUCCAUAGACGGGGCUGUUCGGCCGUUCUCGUUGGCCCCUGGAAGCUCUUUUCUACCAGAGUUGAACGAUGUCCACGUGUCGGUGAAUGGACCUGGUUGCUUUGGGAGGAUCUCGGAAGCAUCCUUGCAACUCCAGGGAUACUUGGUCCCCGCCAUAAUCUACUCUUCCAUUAAAGGCCAGAACGCAUGUUUGCUGUUGGGUGGAACCCGACAGGUAUUCGCGCAGUUCCUUCCAGACACAUUGGAAGUGGAGUUCGCGACUGGGACCAUCAUGUGGUGUCUCCCGCUCAAACUAUACAGUGUCGCCCCCGACGCAGAUCUCAUCCGUGACUUGGUCCUAGUCAACAUUGUGCUAGUGCCAGUUCUCGCAAGUCUACCGGUUCGGUAUCGGCGGGUGGGUCUCCUAGUUGUUGCACCCGCGGGCCAAGACUUCGACGAUAUUUGCUCUUUCGGAAUUGCCAUGACCGAAAAUCUCGACUUUGAGAUUACGGAGCCUUAUUCUCUUAUAACAAUCUUGUAA